AUGCGGGGUCUGGGUGAGGGAUGGUCGGAUGCUGUCGCCAACUGGAUGUCACAAACCUCGUCUACAACCCAGGACUUUGUCCUCGGACAGGGUGUUACCGGGAACCCCGGCGGUAUCCGAAGCAAGCCAUACUCCACCGACCAAACUGUGAACCCACUCAGGUAUUCUGAUAUCGGGAAACUCACCGAAACUCACAGAAUCGGAGAGGUUUGGGCCAACAUCCUCCACAAUGUUUACGCAGAUCCUCGGUUUUAG